AUGGCUCACUCCUUUCAGCCCCCUGCCUGGAGGGAGAUGACGAAUGGAGGCGGGCACCCCCACUUCAACAACGGAGGCCACCACGGGGGUUCCCACAGCACCACGCGCUACAUGCUGAAGAAACACCAGCGCCACAGACGCAGGUCGUCCUCGCCGAUGGGCAGGGUCAUUCUCAUCAAUGCUCCUGUUGAUGGAGGGGACGACAGCGAAGACAUUCACACGGUGACAGUAGAUAAGAGUCCAGAUGGGCGUCUGGGCUUCAGUGUCCGCGGGGGCUCUGAACAUGGGCUCGGCAUAUUUGUCAGCAAGGUGGAGGACGACAGCUCUGCAGCGCAGGCUGGGCUGACUGUGGGCGAUAAGCUGGUGGAGGUGAACGGGGUCAGCCUGGAGAGCAUCACCAUGAGCAGCGCUGUGAAGGUCCUGACAGGCAACAACAGGCUGAGGAUGGUGGUGAGGCGGGUGGGCAAGAUCCCCGGCAUCCGCUACUCCAAGGAGAAGACCACAUGGGUGGACCUGAUUCAUCGGCGGAUGGUGGUGGAGGAAAACGGUCGUACGCCAUCAGAGGCCAGUUCAGACAGCGCUCUACGCAGGAUCGUGCAUCUCUUCACCACAUCAGAUGACUACUGUCUGGGCUUCAACAUCAGAGGAGGCAAAGAGUUUGGACUGGGAAUUUAUGUCUCUAAGUUGGAUCCAGGAGGGCUUGCAGAGCAGCAUGGCAUCAAAAUGGGCGAUCAAAUCCUCGCGGCCAAUGGGGUGAGCUUUGAUGACAUCACUCACAGUAAUGCAGUCGAGGUCCUGAAGAGCCACACUCACGUCAUGUUGACCAUCAGGGAGGCUGGAAGAUACCCUGCAUACAAGGAGAUGGUGGCAGAAUAUGGCUGGCUGGACAAAUUAGCCAAUGGGGGCCCUGCACCAUCCUCUCAGGGUUCAGACUCCAACUCCUCCGCCUCCUCGUUGUCCUCCAGCACCCCUCUCAGCUCCCUCAGUGGUCUCUCCCAGGUCCUUUUCCCUCCUAUCUUUGGCUCUGAGAUGGUGGACGUCGCCAUCUCCACAGAGGACCGUUCCCGACGUCCAAGCGGUGCUGAGCGAACUGCUGACACGGCCAUACAGACUGACCCCCAAGUUCCAAACUACUGGGACCGCCCUUCGUCUAACGGCUCGCACCCCGACAUGCUGGUCACCACAGAAACCAGCAGGACUGUAGGUGCAACAAUGCUGCUGAAAGACACCGUCAUACGUGGGAAAGGGGAAGGGCCGAGGGAGACGGGAGCAGCAAAGGAAGGAGGACGCGGACGAGUGAGGACGCUGUCAGUCGGGGAGCAGGAAGUAGAGAAACACUCGCCUAAGACGGCAGCGCUGAUGGCCCUGAGCAGACCACGGAAGCCAAUCAGACGUUCCCAGAGCCACAUCACUGCGUCAGAGGACAGACAGAAGAAGAAGAAGCAACAGAGUAAGAAGAGCUCAGCAGAGGGUAAAACCAGCCUGCAGCGCUCUAAAACCUUUGUCAACUUGUUUUUUAAGAAAGACCGUAAAGAGAAGAGCCGCUCUAAGUCACCGUCUCGCCACGCUGACAAAGAUAAGGAGCGAGGUCGUCCGUUCCAGCUGCUGACCUCCCCGAGGGAGUCCCGCGCCGGCAGCCCACUGCCCCGACUGGAGACCCUGCAGCACGUGGAGGACAUGGCAAAGAAGCUGCUCAGCCAGGAUGAAGUGGCUGCUGUGAUGAGACACUGUCAGCGGUUUCUGUCUGACAAUGUGAUUGAGGAUUUAGUGCGUCCACUUCUGGCAAUCCUGGACAGGCCAGAGAAACUGCUGCUCGUCAGAGAAAUAAGAAUGCUGAUACCUACUUCUGAGUUGGGCCGCUUUGACAGCAUGGUCAUGCCUUUUGAGCUGGAGGCCUACGAUGUUCUCAAGAGUCGCUCUAUACGAUCUCCAGCUCUGCGAUCCCCUCGCAGUGGAACUCCUCGCCGUCACCUCAUCACCCCAAUCCCAGACUACAGGGGUGGAUUCCACCUCCAGCCGGUCCACGACACACUGCGGGAGCGUCAGCUGUUUGAAGAGUUGGAGAGCCUUCGUUUGUCCGGCCAGCAGUCAGGCCACCUGCCACCAUCUCGUGCCUUCACCCCUCUGCUGGACGUGCCUGUAGACAGCUACGCCUCCUCCACUGUUCGCUCCCGUUCCCCGAGCCCCUCGCCCAUUCACAGCUUCCUCCUCCCUGAAUCGUCACACGGCACCCAUCGUGGGCGCCAGCCUCAUCGCUCCCCAAACAGGAGAGAGAACGGGGAGUCACGUUAUGACAGUGUCUCCCUGCUGUCCGUGUCUGACCGAGGAGAUGUUUUUCCUGAACGAGGAAGGUCACCUGUGAGGAACGGCCCCAGCAGAGGGAGGCGGGAGGGGAGUCCUGACAGCAUGGAUGGCAGACUGAGCAGGCAGGAGGGCUACACGGAGGUCAGCGUACAAGUUCCUUCACAGCGGAGAGGCAGAACUCCUCUGGCGGAUGUAUUUGAUCCCCAGAGAGAGAGGAGCCCAUCCACAAGUAGAGGGAGCAGUCAACGUGUAAAUGGACAAGCACUAAAUGGUCAUGGAGUGAAAAGAAGGCCAACUCUACCACCUGAGGAGUAUGAAAUCACUACUUUGACUAUCUCCAAGGCCAAGCAGUCACUAGGUAUUAGUAUCUCUGGAGGUAUGGAGUCCAAGGUCCAGCCCAUGAUAAAGAUUGAGAAAAUCUUCCCAGGAGGAGCUGCAUCUACAAAUGAGGCUUUAAAGGCAGGAUAUGAGCUGCUCUCCGUGGACGGGGAAAGUCUGCAGGGAGCAACUCAUCAGUACGCCGUGGAUGUAAUUCGCCGUUCCUUCAGCAACAAGGCCAAAGACCCCAUGGUUUUUGUGGUCAAGGUCCCUAAGGUGCCCACCAGCCCCAGGAGACCUGCUGACUAAACUUUGUGUGCCUCACAGCCAGACUGCUGCUGGAGCAUGAAGGACAACAAAACCUGCAGCUCCCAUGGGACUGAAUAAAGUACAGGAUUCACCUCCAGAAGAGGAAACUUUGGACGGGUAAAGCUCCCGUAACAGUAGAGAGGAUCAAGGGCAAGAGUUUUGACAAGACAUAUGAGGAAAUAUGUCAGAAACAAAGGUUGGGACUGGCUUUUACAACUGAUUCACCAGCAUAUUUAUCAAAACAAAGAUUGUUAUAAAUAUUUUUUGCUAUGUAAUGUAAGCCCAAAUGUUACAAGUGUAUGACUUUUCUAACAUUCUUAGUGUUUUUAGCAAACAUUUUACUAAAUGCAUACGUUGCACAUCAACUCCACUUAAAGUAAUUAAUGCAUUGUUUUCUAAAAGGUGUUUUAUGCUGAGAAUAUGUGAUUCGUGAACUCGUCCUUGGUUGAAUUGUGCCACCGUUCAACGUGUGGCAACCCUGUCGUGACCUCCCAUUGUGGAGCCAGUGGUCUGCACUUUUCACUUGGAGCAUCUCAGUCCAGCAGCCCUGCAGGCCUGCCAGAGGGAGAUUACCCCGGCUUGUGUUAUGAGAUUUAUAGAUUUAUACCCAGAUUAAACCCCUGUAUUAUGUCAAAACUGAUAGUUUGGGUUUAGAGGAUGUCUGGGGGGGAUUAUUCCAAAUUGCUGCUCAGUAUUUUUGUGCUGUAUUUUACUGGCACAAGUGCUUGUGCUCUGGAGCCAUCCGCCACUUUAGAGGCUUAAUUACACCAUGCUGUGGAUGGAGCUUAUGCAGACAUGUGGAGGAGCUGGAAAAACAUGUCAAUGAGAAAUGCAGGACGUGGAGGCCGGUGGCACAUUUUAAAUCAAAGCGGGGGAUAGAGGAGAUAUGGGCAGGAGAAUGUAGUGUGCAUAGUGCCUUACUUUUGCAGACAGCCAGCAGGGGAAAAUAUAUAAAAAUGUUAUUUAAACUUGGUUUUAAUAAGCCGUAGAAAAACUCAAGGUGAAAGGUUUUUAUUCUGGCAUGCUAUUAAAUGUUAAA